UCCUUCUUCCUCCCUCCCCUAGCAGAGCCAAGCAGAGAGGCAGAGAGAGUGAGAAGCACCCAGAGAGAGAGGUCCCUGAUUGCUUGCUUGCUUGGUCGGUCUGACCCGAUCGAGCUUAGCGAGGAAGCUUCGAUCUCUGUUCGUAGGAGCCGACGUACAUCGAGGGGCGCCGCUAAUGCUUCCCCGGCGGGUGCGGCUGAGAGCGGCGGCCACAGGCUGACCGGAUGCGACGACGGCAGCGGAAGCCAUGUCGCCGGUGAUCAGCGAGAUCCUGCUCUCCGGGUUUAUGAUCAACUCCACGCUCCGCCGACGAACGCACCUCGUCCAGUCCUUCUCCGUCGUCUUCCUCUACUGGUUCUAUGUCUUCUCAUAAACCACUCGCCCCCUUCUUCCUCCUCUCCCUCUCCCUCUCGCUCUAGCCUCCUUUCUUUCUUCCUUCCUCGUAAUAAUAAUCCCUCUCUUCUUCGUUCCCGCCGUCGUCGUCCUCUCUUGGUUUCUUGUUCUAGCUGGUAAUUAGUCGGUCGAUCGGAAGAACGAUCUCUGGUUUGGUGCUUUGCACGCAAGCUGUUUGCGGGAAAGCAGAGCACUUGUUUUAGUUUCCUUGGGGGAGAGAUUUUCUCCUUUCCUCAUGGCGUCUUCCAGCGGGAGCGGGAGCGCGACCACCACGGGCUCGCUCUCGCCGUCCAUGGCGGCGGUGGCGGGGGCGUCGGAGGAGGAGAUGCGGGCGCUGAUGGAGCAGCGGCGGGCGAAGCGGAUGCUGUCGAACCGGGAGUCGGCGCGGCGGUCGCGGAUGCGGAAGCAGCGCCACCUCGACGACCUGGCGGCGCAGGCGGCGCACCUCCGCCGAGAGAACGCGCACGUCGCCGCCGCGCUGGGGCUCACCGCGCGCGGGCUCCUCGCCGUCGACGCCGAGAACGCCGUCCUCCGCACACAGGCCGCCGAGCUCGCCGCCCGCCUCGCGUCCCUCAACGACAUCCUCUCCUGCAUCGGCAUGAGCGCCGCCAACAACAACAGCAGCGGCAGCAGCGGCUGCGGCGGAAGCAAUAGCAAUAGCAACAGCAACACGGCCGCCGCCGCCGCCGUCGCGCUCACCGUCGCCGCCGCGGCCGCGGCCACCGGCGGCGACCCGCUGCUGCUCGGCGGCUUCGAUGGCGCCUUGGACGACAUGUUCAGAUCAUCCCCCGACCUCUUCAUGUUCCAGCCUUGCUAGCUAGCUACCGACUGAUCCCAUUCCACCGCCAUGGCUGGCACAGAAGCUCUAUAGCAAGAUCAACAAAAAAAAACAUCCAUCUUUUUUUUUUCCUGAUGCUUUUGGUGUUUCAGGUUUUAUUAAUGCACCUAAGUAAGCUAGCUGCUGGGGUUAAUUAAUGGCCUGGUUAUCAUGUGUAAUUCUUGGGCCUGUCUAUCUAGUCUGGUAAUCAUCUGAAAUUGGUGUGCCAAGUGAUGGUUAAGUUUGGCAAUGCAUCAUCAUGUACUCCACUAUGUAAGCUCUCUAGUUCCUUCUGUGCUGUUCAGACAAAGGAAGUGCAAUAUAUAAUUACUUAAGCUAAUUAA